CGGCUUCAUGUCGCGCUGCACGGGAUGCUUUUGGUCGCGGCUGCUGUGCCUGGCGGCGCUCCUGGCCGUCGGGAGAGGCCAGCAGGAGUCGGCGGCGGAGCGGCUAAGCCCUUACUUCGGCACCAAGUCCCGCUACGAGAUCGUCAACCCGCACCUCCUGCGGGAUCCGCUGUCGCUGGGGCCGCCGCAGCCGGGCUUCCCCUUGCCGCCGGCCUCCUGCACGCCGCUGCAGCUCAACGCCGUCUUCCGCCACGGCACCCGCUACCCCACCCGCGGCCAGAUCAAGAAGCUGGCGCGCCUCCACGGCCUGCUCGACCAGAGGAAUGGCAGCUGCCCCGCCUCCGAGGCCUUGGCCGGCUGGGCGAUGUGGUACCGCGAGGAGAUGGACGGGAUGCUGGCCGAGCGCGGCCGCUACGACAUGAGCAUGCUGGCCCGACGCCUGGCCGCCCGCUUCCCCGGCCUCCUGGCCCCGCAGCGCCGCUUCGCCUUCAUCAGCAGCCACAAGUCCCGAUGCGUGAACAGCAGCGACGCCUUCAGGGAAGGGCUCUAUCGAGCCCUUUACGGGCAGCAGCAGCCCACGCUGGAAAACAACCCUGCUAUGCUGGGAGACAUUAAAAUUAAUGACACAUUAAUGAGAUUUUUUGACCUUUGUGAAAAAUUUGUAAGAGAUGUAGAAAACAAUAAGGAAGCUAUGCAUGAACUGGAUGACUUCAAAACAGGUCCUGAGAUGAAGAAGGUGGUAGAGAGAGUUGCAGAUAAAUUGUGUCUACAAGCAGAUCAGUUAAAUGCAGAUUUGGUUCAGGUGGCAUUUUUCACAUGUUCCUUUGAGCUAGCUAUCAAAAACAUCAGCAGCCCUUGGUGUUCAAUAUUUAGUAAAGAAGAUGCUCUGGUACUUGAAUAUCUGAAUGAUCUGAAGCAAUACUGGAAGAGAGGAUACGGAUAUGAUAUAAACAGUCGCUCCAGCUGCGUUCUUUUCCAGGAUAUCAUCAGAAAUUUGGACCAGGCUGUAGCAGAAUGUAAAAAUUCAAAGCCUAUUUCUUCACCUGCGAUCCUCCAGUUUGGUCAUGCAGAGACCCUUCAGCCGCUCCUUGCUCUCAUGGGUUACUUCAAGGACAACGAGCCUCUUAAAGCAAAUAACUACCGUAAGCAUAUGAAUCGGAAAUUUCGCAGUGGCCGAAUUGUCCCUUAUGCUGCCAACCUGGUGUUCGUGCUUUACCACUGUGAUCAAGUCCAGUCUCCCAAGGAAGAGUACAAAGUACAGAUCCUGCUCAAUGAGAAACUGCUGGAAUAUCCUUCAUCAAAAAAGACGGUCAUUUCAUUUGCCAACCUGAAAAACCGCUAUAAAGAUAUCCUUCAGAAAUGCCACUUCACAGAUGUGUGUGACUUGCCUCAGAACACUACAGCUGGUGCUUGAACUGGGGGAAAAGUGCAGUACAGAACAUAUCCUAGAACAUAUCCUCUUAAUUAGGAGGCAUUCUGUUGUACUGCACUGCUUUCAAACAGCAUCUUAGACAACUUCUUGUAAUUUAAAAUCCCAACAAAAGUAAGCAUUUAUUAGGUAGCAUUCAGAAUACCUCAGGCAUUUCGGUAAUAGCUCUGUUCCUGAAAAAGUACUGCUGUCGCUGGAAUCAAGAUCAUCAGGAGUAAGAACAUUCUAUUUAGCAUGCAAUUUAAUUUCACAUCAAUCCCAUUUUAUCCAAUAUGAAUAUUCUGGACACUGUGAAUUUAAAAAAAACACCCUGCUUCACUGGAAUAGUCAUUUGCAAAACCAGCAAAAAACAAAACAAAAAACAACGCUGAUAGAACACUGGGUUGUAGUUUUUAACCCUACAAAUCUUUACUGAAAUCAUUCCUUUCUGAAUGGAACGUAUUUAAGAUCUUGAAAAAAAUUGUCCAAUGAC